AUAGGUUACCCGGUUUAUCUAUGGAAAGAGAGGAAAAAAGGAUAGUUUCCAAUCCUUUGAUCAAUAACUUUUCACCAGCAUCAGAGCACCGCCCCUUGAAAGGCAGGAAUCCCGCUGUUACAAACAUCCUGUGGAUUGGUAGCAGAGGACAGGAAGAGCGCGAAGACACAGAUAGUGAAGUGUAACACUGCCACUGGUGUGCGUCUCCCUUAGUGUGGUGGUGCGUGUUGGUGAUGCAACUCCUACCUACCCAAGCACUCUCCCGUCCACUUCUCCGCUAAAUCUUGGAAACAAGAUUAUUUGUUACUUCGUUAACUGAGAACUCUCUGCACUCCUAGCUGACUCUGCUGGUUGACUUAUUCGUGGAUUUUAAUACAGUCGAAUCGGAUUAUUUGCCCAACAAAAAACUUGUGUGUUUUACAUUAAUUGCAGGUGUUGUGAUGGUUGUAACAUAUAUAUCGUCCUUUAUGGUAAAAUAGUGAAAAUUAGUUCGUUAUCACAUCUCACAGAUGGUACGUGUUUAUGGAACCGGUUUUAUCUACAUUUUUAAAAGUAGCUGCGCUCCAUUUUGGGCGGAAGCUGCGGAAUUAAAACAUUAUUGUGAUAAGUAUCCCGGAAGUGAGAUGGAAGACGAGGAUGAUAGGAUGAGCUUAGUUGAAGUAAACAUCGCGGGAGGUGGAAACUCUCCCACGGAAGCACGAGCCACUGACUCAGCAUCCAUUGUGCUUGUUCAUCUGCGUAUAAAGAAUGCCUCCGCAAUAACCAACGGUAACACUUGUAAGAAAAUAGGAGCACUGCAGUAGGCAUACUGAUCCAAGCUACUACAUGUCCCACUCAAACCAAUGAACCCCACUGGUUCACUCUCAUCAUAGCAAUAACAACAGCUACAUUAGUUCAUUGUUAGUGCACACCAUCGUCUAUAUCAACACAUGCAUGUUGCCUGCUAUGCUCCCAUUAUUGUUACUAUGGCAGGUGAUUCACCCCUGGCAUCUGUAAUAACAAACACACAUUCCCGGAACGUAAAGAUGCUAAUAAAUUAAAACUGCUUAAAAUGCAAAGAGGAAAUGUUACUUUUAUAGAAACAGAUGCAAACAUUCGUGAAUUGAUAAUGGACCAGGAAUGACCGAAACACUCUGAAGGCUCCUCGCUAAAGUGUAGGCUAGUUGUGGGUGACAGUACUUUACGUGUAUAUGCUACGAGAGUAUGUUAUAACCCACGAUGACCCCAUGGAAGAGGGCCGGGGAAAACACGGUGUCAUCGGGCUCUAGGCAUAAAGGCGUGACAGUGCCACCUGGUUAACCAUGCUUGGAACUAGCAUGACUCCAAGGCUUCCCUAAGAAAUUAAUAACGAUUUACACAGUUUGAUACUUGUGGUAGUCGGCAUGCAGGGAGCAGGUAACGUGACGUCUGAACCCGGCAAACCGGAGGGUCUUGGGAAGCAGCUCUUGGUCCAGCCACACUGGUCCAAGCCUGUUGACAGUUUGGCAGCCUUCCUGGAGAAGGGAAGUUUGAGCUUGUGUAGCGACCUGUUUUCAGGUUGUGGCGAGGCAACAGUGCAAGCUCCAGCUCCCGGGCUUGACGUAAGUAAAGCUCCAGCUCCAGAGAUUGACUCGAGUAAAGCUCCAGAUCUCGGAAUUAACACCAAAAACUUCUCUUCAGUUCAGUGCAAGACAGAGAUGCGGAAAAAUCCUUAUCAAAAAAUCGCUGAAUAUGCAUUACAGAGCAACACUGGUUCUGGUAGUAAUACCAGUAGUACCACUAGUGGAACCACUACUGGUUCUGGUAGUAAUACCAGUAGUACCACUAGUGGAACCUCUACUGGCUCUGGUAAUACCAGUAGUACCACUAGUGGAACCUCUACUGGUUCUGGUAAUACCAGUAGUACCACUAGUGGAACCUCUACUGGUUCUGGUAAUACCAGUAGUACCACUAGUGGAACCACUACUGGUUCUGGUAGUAACACCAGUAGUACCACUAGUGGAACCACUACUGGUUCUGGUAGUAAUACCAGUAGUACCACUAGUGGAACCACCACUGGUUCUGGUAGUAAUACCAGUAGUACCACUAGUGGAACCACCACUGGUUCUGGUAGUAAUACCAGUAGUACCACUAGUGGAACCACCACUGGUUCUGGUAGUAAUACCAGUAGUACCACUAGUGGAACCUCUACUGGUUCUGGUAAUACCACUAGUGGAACCACUACUGGUUCUGGUAGUAAUACCAAUAGUACCACUAGUGGAACCAGUACUGGUUCUGGAAGUAAUACCAGUACUAGUAGCACCAGUAGUAACGCCAGUUGUGGUACCGGUACAUUAAGUAAUAAUCCCAUUAACAGAAUUUUGAGCGGAGGAAUUCCAUUUAGCGGUGAAAAUAACGCUGACUAUAAACACCGUGACGAGUGUCAGCCAGUCACAGGUAAGCCACUGUGUAAAUAUCAGUGUUUUGAUUUUAGCAGUGGUGAAAAUAACAGUGGUAGAACUAGCAGCAGCGAGAGAGACGUGGAGGUAGCAGAGGCUGUAACUGUUGGAUGUGAUGUUGAUAGUAUUACAGGCGAUGUUGAGAGCAAAGGAGGUAGUGAUGAAAAUAUUGAAGAUGUCACAGACUUCGCCGGCAGUGUUGGAAAGAUUGGAAGUAGUGAUGGAAAUAUUGGAGGCAGUGUUGGAAAUAUUGGAGGCAGUGUUGGAAAUAUUGGAGGCAGUGUUGGGAAUAUUGGAGGCAGUGUUGGAAAUAUUGGAGGCAGUGUUGGGAAUAUUGGAGGCAGUGUUGGGAAUAUUGGAGGCAGUGUUGGGAAUAUUGGAGGCAGUGUUGGGAAUAUUGGAGGCAGUGUUGGGAAUAUUGGAGGCAGUGUUGGGAAUAUUGGAGGCAGUGUUGGAAACAUUGGAGGCAGUGUUGGAAACAUUGGGGGUUGUGUUAAAAACACUGGAGGUGGUGCUGGAAACAUGGGAGGUCGUGGCUGGAGGAUCGGAGGCAGCCUCAGAAAAAUCAGCAGCAGCUUCAGGAUGUUUGGGAGCAGCGGUGGAAGACCUGGAGCCACCAUCAUCCAGUCUACACCAAGUAACGGGAAAAUCGGAAAAGGUGACCGAAAACUCGGAGGAAGUGACGGGAAACUCGGAGGAACCGACGGGAAACUCAGAGGAAGUGACGGGAAACUCGGAGGAAGCGACGGGAAACUCGGAAAAAGUUACUGGAAAAUCGGAGGAAGUGACGGGAGAAUAAACAGCAUAAUAGAAGACAGCAAGAAGAUCGAUGGCAGUUACAGCCGACGGCACAACAAAGAGACGGGAAUUCUCCUUUGCUGUCCCCAUCUUGGUGAUGAUAUGACCGGUCAUAACCAACGGGGGAGACGCUUCAAGCAAAAGAGGAACAAGUCUGAAGGCAGCGAGACUGAAGAAGCAAAGCCAUGGACAGCUGGCACGAAGGAACCAGCAGGCAGUCGCAGUCAGGUGGGUCGAGCCUUUUCCUUCUCCCCUGUCAGCAGGAGUAAACCCACCUCUGCCAACAUCACCAGAGUCAGCCAACUUUUCUCUAGGAUAUCUUUGAGAAAGUCCAAACCCAUCUUCUCCUUCAGUCGCUUCCUUGCCUCCUACAUCUUCAAACAUCCUUGGAGGAAAUCGAGUGAUCCUACACCCUUGAAAAGAGAGGAUGAGGGAAAGGAAGAGGAAGGAAGAGAGGAAGAAAUCCAGCCUGGUGGGGACGAGAGAGAAGUGAGUCUGGUGGACACUAAAGAGGCGUCCAGAGAUGUUGACGCUGAGAGAAACUGGACAAGAGGAAGUGGUACUGAGGAAAAUGUUAAUAAAGAUAAAGAUGGAUCAGGAAUAACACUCAUUAAUGAGGUAUGCACGGAAAAUGACGGGAGAGAGACAACACACACAAUAUGCCAUGAAACACAUCCCAAUGAAUAUGAAACAUCAAAAACAGAAUUAGAGAACUCAAAUUCUUUGUGUUUUACCGACAAAGAAGAUUACAAUGACGAAGUGUUUUUUGAGGCGGACGAAGAUGAAGACGAGAGAGGAGAGUGGCCACGGCAGAGUGACAACAAUACCGCCGAAGGUUCUGAGGAAGAUGAAAUUUGUUUUGGCACUGGAUGGGUAAAGAAAAGGGUCUCCCAGAUUGAGAGACAAAUCUCUCUCAAAAAGGAGAUAGAGGAGGGGGAGAAGUUAUUGAGAAAGAAGAGCAUUCGCAGCAGUCUCUCCAGCAAAACUGUUGAUAGUGACGACACAGCCACGCUCCUCGAAGAAGAGAACGUAGAUAAUAAUGAUAACGAUGAAACUCAGGAUGAAGAUUUGAAGAGCGAGUCUGGAGAGACCGACGGCAGCGACACCGAAGUAGAGGACGAAGUGGGAGACAUCGUGAUACUGAGGUCGAAGUCCAGAGGGCAGACUGCCUCCCUCUACCGCUAUUCGGACUCCAUCAACUCCAUUUACCGCUACUCUGUCACCCGUCCAAGGACCGUCAUCAUCGGAUUGGGGGUGUGUACGGAGACGCAGUUCUUCAGAGAGUCUUUUGGUGAGGGCGUGAGUGAAACUGAGAGUGAAGAUGAUGAGGAGGAUGCUGCGCCUACCACCACCACGCCCACCACGCCCACUACACCACGCCCUCACUCCCGCCCACCCUCACCCUCCAGGACGUCACGGUCACAUUCCCCGCUCUCUGAUAUGGACACAGAGUCCAAGAGAAAUUCACAGGCUGUCAGCACAGAACCAUCUGACCUGGAGGACCAUAGUUCAUUGACCACCAGUGACCUCGACUCCUGCCAUGACCUGGCUGCUCUUGAUACCCGUAAGGACAAAGCUUACAGGAUUGCUCACGAGUUGCUGCACACGGAGAGGACUUACGUUAAAGUUUUGCAUCUUAUUGAUCAGGAGUUUCAGUUCCGGGUGGACCAUGAGAACCGGGCGCACCACAUGUUUCCCCAUGAUGUUAUUCCACAUAUGUUUUCCAAUGUUAAGUCCAUCUACAAGCUUCACCAUGACUUCCUCUUACCUCAACUUGAGGAACGUAUGGCUCAGUGGGAACAAAACAGAAGGAUUGGGGACAUCAUGAAAAGCUUUGCACCCUUCUUGAAGAUGUACACUGAGUAUGUGAGGAACUUUGACAAUGCAAUGACACUCAUCAACCAAUGGCAAUCAAAGUGUCCUCGUUUUGCUGCCAUAAUGGAUGAAAUUCAUUCUAUGGAGGUAUGUGGGAACUUAACUCUGCAACACCACAUGCUCUCACCCGUGCAGCGCAUUCCCCGAUAUGAAAUGCUUCUGCGAGACUACUUGAAGAAACUUCCAGAGGACUCACCAGAUCGCCAUGAUACGGAGAAAGCUCUACAUUUAGUAUCCACAGCAGCUAAUCAUGCAAAUGAUGCUAUGAAAAAGAUUGAUAAGUUUGAGAAAUUACUAGAGAUUCAAGAAAGCCUUGGAGGUGCAGAAGAUCUUGUGUCUCCCACAAGAGAACUCAUUAAAGAAGGCAAAAUCAUCAAAAUCUCGGCUAGAUCUGGUGACCAUCAAGAGAGAUAUAUAUUUUUGUUGACAGAUUUAUUGUUGUUGUGCUCACCACGGCUGAUGGGAGGUCGAGUGAUGAGUGGCCCUCAGUAUCGUCUCCGUGCUAAGUACCAUGUGGAGAAUCUUAUUGUGCAAGAGGGAGACAACCUCGAAACUGCUAACACUUUUUACAUCAAAGACAGCAAUAAAUCUGUGGAACUUUACACACAGACUUUAGAAGAAAAGGAGCAGUGGCUGGAGGCAUUUAUUAGGGCUAUCCAUGAGACUUCUCAGCGAAAGUCAUCUCUUAAACUACACUUUAAUCCAGAUCAGCGAACUGUAGAUUUAGAUCUUGGUCAAAAACAGCCCAUGCUAGUUCGCUCAGAUUCAGUCACAAAGUGCAUGGAAUGUGGUAGCCAAUUUACCAUGGUGCGGAGAAAACAUCAUUGUCGAGCUUGUGGAGCGGUUGUGUGUAGUAAGUGUUCAAGCUUCAAAGCAUCAGUUGCCUAUGAGAGUGGUAAGAGUGUUCGAGUUUGUCGUCCAUGCCAUGCAACACUGCAAGAACUUUCAUCGUCCACAGCAACACCUUCACCUGAGAUUGAUGAGCCAGAUGAAUGCUCUUUAUACAGUACCAAAGAACCACCAGAUUUACCUUUUAGAAAUAGAGGGGUGUUAGAGGUUUCUGCCAAAACUGGAGGAGCAGUAAUACAAGGGUUUCUUCAACUUAAGACACACCGUAAAACCUGGGUGAAGCGGUGGUUUGCUUUACACACCGAUUUUGUUCUUUAUUCUUUUAAAUGUGAAGCAGAUGACCAAGCACUAACUGCUACACCUGUACCUGGGUUUACUGUGACACAUCUACAGGGAACACGAAAUGAGAGCGGCAUUAGUGAAAAGGAAAAGGAGAGAGCAUUUAAGCUUCAUCAUUCUAAGAAGCACUAUAUAUUCCAAGCAACUUCAAAAGAAGAAUCUCAGAGAUGGGUGGCAGCUUUAAAGAAAGCAUCACAGGCAGAAUUACCAUCUCCGGUUCAAUGACGAGAGCGGCAAGUGAUCGAGGCCCUUAUUACAUGUCUGUGAGAACAACCAUCAAAGCACAUUCACAAACAUCUACACUACACUCAUUCUUGAUAUUGGAAGUCUCUCCAAAUUGGACUUAGUGUUAAUUUCUUCCCUCUUCAAUUUAAAGUGUGGUAAUAUAAUUCAGAAAUCUCCCAAAUUUGGAAAAAUCUAUCUCAAAAUUUUAUAAAUGCAUGAGAACAAUUGUAAUUUUUUUUUGGCCAAUUUAUUUUACUUGGAUGAAUAAGGUAGGUUUGGUUUCUGUUAAUCAUAUCUUUAACCUGUACUCCACUGCACAUACAUUUAAAAAAAAAAUAGAUAUAUUACUGUUAAAAUGAAAUAUUGUACAAAGGUUAUUUUAUUGAUAUCAUUUUUACUUUAUAAAAAAAAGUUAAGCACUGAACCUGAAAAGGUCAUACAGCGCUGCAAUUUGUACGUUAGUGUGUAAUUAUUGACUUUGUAAGAGAAUUAAUCUAAUUCAUUGGUCUUUCUUGGUUAACUGUAAAUAAAGCUUUCAAACUAAAUUUUAAAAAUAGAAAGAAAAGUCAUGUUUAUAUACUGAAAACAGUCAUGUUCAUAUGAUACAUUGUACGUGUAUUAGGAAAAUAAUUCAAACAUGUUAGUGUUUAUUUUUUUAUGAACUUUGUAAAUACUAAAUAGGAUGAAUAAUCACUGAAAAUCUUGAGGGAUAAACGUGAAUACCGUACUUUAAAUCAUUUUUCAUAGACUAAUUUAGAAGUUCUUCUUUCUUUCAACACACUGGCCGUAUCCCACCGAGGCAGGGUGGCCCAAAAGGAAAGUUUCUCCUUUUACAUUUAGUAAUAUAUACAGGAGAAGGGGUUACUAGCCCCUUGCUCCUGGCAUUUUAGUCGCCCCCCCACAACGCGCACGGCUCACGGAGGAAGAACUCUUGUUCCACCUCCCCACGUAGGCAAGAGGAAAUGAACCAGCAAGAAAAUAGAAGAAAACCCAGAGGGGUAAUUUAGAAGUUAUAUCUGAAAUAUUCAAGACAUGAUAGGUAAACUGGAUAUAUACUAGUUAAUGUAUGUCGAAGGUUAAUUAUUACAUUCAUGGGAGGAAGUGCUAAACCCAUAGUCAUAAAGUUAGAUUCAAAGGGAUGACAGGUCCAGUUCAUUGAUUCAAGAGCCCCUCCCUUGAGGGGUGUCAAAGGCUGAAGCUGAAUGCAGAGCUAGGGUAAGCUACAAAAGGUUGACCCUUCAAGGAAGGUGUCUUGAUGCUGGCGAGAGGCUCUGUCAAAAGAAUUGGACCUAUUCUCCCUUGGAUUAAACCCCAUUUCCCCAGGCACUGUAUGACCUCUAUAGGUUUAGCACUCCUCUACUAUCUAUAUAAUGUAGUGCCAAGGACUGAGCAGAGUAGUGUAUGGUUUCCUUCCUACAGAAAAUUAACCACAAAGAUUUAUUAGACUAACUUAUGAUCUCCUAAAUAUAUGGGCACGUUUUGUACUCGUAGGAAUAACCAUCAAAUUCAACAUAACCUAAUGCUAAAAAUUGUCAUUUUAGACAAUGAAAUGAAAAGUUGUACCUUGCAUUCAAUUCUCAGAUCAAAUUAUUUAUCCUAUUAUCUGCUGUAUGGAUUAAAAAAUUAAUUUUUAAUUAACUAAGUUUAGAAUUUUUUUUAAAGAGGAUUGCCAUCUAUAGCAUACCCUCCUAAUUUGUCCUUGGUCUGCGUAUAACUACCGACCUUCAAAUUAAUACAGUAAGUGGUCACUCGCUUUGCAGUUUCAUCCUCAGCUUAAUUCCCCCUUCCCCCCUUUUUUUUUUUUCCUAACAUAAGCAGCAGCGUACUUUAGCCAUAAUUACUUAUUAGCCAGCAUUCAUCUUCUGUCAAAGUUUAUUAAAAGUUACAUCAUUUUAGCAUCUAUGAAGAAAGUACUUAAUGGAGAGAGAUACAUAUGGUAAUGGGCUUGUGCAGUACAAUGUGAUCCUUUAUUGACAUUUCAUCCAAACUGUGGGCUUUAUCAAGUCACUGAUAGAUUUCAAGAGGGAGGGCGAGUAUAUAAAUAAAAACGGCAAGAAAAAGGUUAGGCGUGAUGAAUGUGGGGGCUCUGUCCAGCUUAGGAAGGCAUAUUCAUUUCAGUAUUCUUAUGAGGAUUUCUGGUAAGAGAUUCAGUUAUGUAAGCCACUGUUCUGGCUGAAAUUGUUGAAUGUACCGAGUGCUGUUUCUAGGAGUCUGCAUCUCUUGGUAUCCUCUUGACAAAUUGUCCAUCCUUUGUAAUAGACUGGCUUUGAGAGUUUCAUUGUGAAUAUUAAGUGCUAAUCGUAAAGGUUCUUAUAGCAAGUUUCAGUGUGAAAUGCAGGUGUUUUCUGGUGUAUUAGUGUUUCAAAAUCCAUCUGUGAAUGGGUCUGGAUGUUUCACCUGUGUAUAUAUAUAUGUUGUGCCAAAUGGGUAAAACUUGCAAUUUUUUUGGCUUAAAUAGCAACGCUCCGCUUGCUGAAUAAGGCAAGCGAAAAUUUGUGUAUGCAGUAAUUUAAAAAAAAUCAUUCUGAACCUGACAAAAAAAAUAUUUCAUUGUUUAUUAUUAAACUUACCUAAAAUAUAUUUAGUUGGAUUAGGCUAAAUUAAAUUGUGCUUGUUAUAAUAAGGUUAGGCAAGUUUUCUAAUGUUCUUUUGGUAUAAAAUUAUUAAUUUUUACCUUAAAUGAAAAGAUAUAUCUUUAAACAUACAAGAGAAAAUUUUAGAAAGGACUUAAUUUUUUAUUUUUUUUUUUUGCUAAUUUACCAGUUUUACCAAUUCAAUGUGACUUAUACACAUUGCAAGGGAUUGUAUACCCCUGCAUUGGUUUGGUUUUGGGGUCCCAUUCUGUUGAUGUUCUUGAUCAUAGUGGAGGCAGUGUCGGUGACCUGGACUUUAGCAUUUGGAUAGUGUGUUAGAUAUAUAUUUGAAUUGUUAGGGAGGACUAUUUAUCUUUUGAGAGUAUUAUGGCAAGUUUACGAUAUAUGCACAGUCUCUGCAAUCCCUGAUAAAUUAUUAUUAUAAUCAAGGGGGAGUGCCUGUGAAAGGUAUUCAGGCUUAAUUCAGGAAACUUGAGCACAGAUUCAAUUCCCUAGAUCAAAAGCCCCUCACCAAAAUCCCUGAUAUAUUAUUAUAACCCAAAAGAAGCGCUAAACCACAAGGGCUAUACAGCGCUGCAGGCGAAUCCCUGAUAUAGUGUCAAGGGUAGUGAAGCUUAUAAAAAUCUUGUUUGAAGAAAGAGCACUCCAAGGAAUUUGCUAUUACAGAUAGAGCAUAUAACCCUAUAAUGAGCUUGCAUUUAGUCUUAGUGUGAAUUGAAAUGGAGCAGAUCAUGUUGGUGGGUUUAUGGUCUACUUUGAAAUGUAGCUCAUGGUCAUCAGAAUAGAACAUCAAGGAAUGGGAGAGUACUGCUGAGUGUAAAUGGGAUGGAAGGCUUGACUACCUUCCAACACAGGCUUAACUAGGUCAAACCUUCCAUUCAGUUUACAUGAAGUUGACAAUACUCUACCUUUCCUCAGUAUUCUACUUUGAAAAUCUGACCAUGAGCUACACUUCAAAGUUUACCAUAAAUUCACCAGUAUGAUCUGCUCCAUUUCACUUUACAUCAUGGCACCAAAACUAAAUGUGAGGUCAUUAUAGACUUGAUGUUAUUGCUAUCAUCAUGGGUUAGCACUAUACCCAAAGGGAUUCAGGUUCAAUUCAAGGAGCUGGAGUACAUAUCUAAUUCCCUAGAUCAAGAGCCCCUCACCAGCAUAUAGGUGUAUAGACUUAUGUGCUCUUCAGUAUCUUUUAUUUAUUUUAUUAUCACACCGGCCGAUUCCCACCAAGGCAGGGUGGCCCGAAAAAGAAAAACUUUCACCAUCAUUCACUCCAUCACUGUCUUGCCAGAAGGGUGCUUUACACUACAGUUUUUAAACUGCAACAUUAACACCCCUCCUUCAGAGUGCAGGCACUGUACUUCCCAUCUCCAGGACUCAAGUCCGGCCUGCCGGUUUCCCUGAAUCCCUUCAUAAAUGUUACUUUGCUCACACUCCAACAGCACGUCAAGUAUUAAAAACCAUUUGUCUCCAUUCACUCCUAUCAAACACGCUCACGCAUGCCUGCUGGAAGUCCAAGCCCCUCGCACACAAAACCUCCUUUACCCCCUCCCUCCAACCCUUCCUAGGCCGACCCCUACCCCGCCUUCCUUCCACUACAGACUGAUACACUCUUGAAGUCAUUCUGUUUCGCUCCAUUCUCUCUACAUGUCCGAACCACCUCAACAACCCUUCCUCAGCCCUCUGGACAACAGUUUUGGUAAUCCCGCACCUCCUCCUAACUUCCAAACUACGAAUUCUCUGCAUUAUAUUCACACCACACAUUGCCCUCAGACAUGACAUCUCCACUGCCUCCAGCCUUCUCCUCGCUGCAACAUUCAUCACCCACGCUUCACACCCAUAUAAGAGCGUUGGUAAAACUAUACUCUCAUACAUUCCCCUCUUUGCCUCCAAGGACAAAGUUCUUUG